AUGAAGAAUCCUCCAGGAGCCAUGGCUCUAGAUAUUCAUCUUCCCCUUUUGGAAAGCCUCGAGCUUCGUAGCUGUGGAUUUACAUGCAAUGAUACCCUGAACGGGAUCAUAAAGCAUGGGAGUACAUUGCUCUCGCUGAAAUUCGAUGACUGUGCGAUCAUUUACUGCAUGGAAUUAGCUGUGACAAGCAAAGCCGAACCCAAUUCUGUCUGCAUCUCCACCGAAAACGAGGGAGGUCGGGUCUACCAGCGCUACUGGCUACGCUGGGACAUCUGGUUUCAAGCAUUGGCGUAUGGUUUGCCCCAUCUUAAGCGGUUCGACUUUGGCAGCAGCAGAGUCCGAGCACUUGGCGAAGAAGGUCCCAAGUUCAAGUCUGAGGCCAGCGAGGGCCCGAAAUUCGGCCGAGUCAACAAGUUCCUCUUCGGCCUUUUUCCUGAUCGAUACCUCGAAAUGAAAGAUGGCUCGGUUAGGGCGCCAUGGAUUCUCAAGACUCGAGGACAGCGACCCUACUACAAGGAGCCCCCCGUGGCCGACGAACCUGACCUUGCGAUGCUGCGCCGUCUCCUUGAACACACUGGACAGGUAGUUCAGGAGAAUGAUAAGUCCAGCCAUGCCAGCAGCGUGGACAGCCUCAUCGGGUGUGUUGAAACCAGAUCGGGACGCCGCCGCCGCUGA